UUACCUUUCCGUUCUGAGACCGCGAGGAUCUACCUCCUUCCGUAGUGCCGAGUUCGACUGUGAUCAUUAUCUCUGGGUAGCUCGAGAGGAACGAGCCGCCCGAAGAUGACACCGAUUCUGUUUGCGUGCGCUAUUCUCGCUGCGUUCUCGCGCGAGGUGCAGGCGAUCUCGUCGUCCUGGCGACCGAUCGUGCCGAGCCACGCGGACGGUGCAGGUAUACUGCAUCAAGAGGCAUCGAUUUUCGGAAAUGCGCCUACGCAGACGCUCUACGAUGUGGACAGUUCUCAUCAUCUGCUGCUGCCGCACGACCAGGAUACGUGUUCCCUCUAUAAAGUUGUCAUGAACCAGCAGCUGUACUUCGAGUACAUCCAUUACAAGGUAGACUUGCCGGACAUGAAGGAGUUCACUCUCUGCAUGUGGACAAAGUUCCACAAUCACUCCAACGACCAUCCCCUGUUCUCUUACGCAGUCGGCGACCAACCACGGGGGAUACUGUCGUGGAUCGCGAACACACCAAGGAGUUCGUACUACAUGCUCAACGUCAACGGUCAUAACUUGUACAGAUUGAAUUAUCCGUUGAGACUUAAUAAGUGGUACCACUCCUGCCAGAGCUGGAACGGUCGCACCGGGGAAUGGCAGAUCUGGGUCAACGACGAGCGCGUAGGUCGCGGGUUCAACAAUAGGCUAGUCGGGCACGUUAUCAAAGGCGGCGGAAUCGCCAUUUCGGGGCAGGAGCAACGACAGCUGGGAGGCGGUUUCUUAGAGGGCGAAGGCGCGCCACCGGGUUCCGGUGGCUAUUUAGGAGAACUGACGAUGGUACAACUCUACAACGUCGCCCUGACCGCGGGCAAGGCCCAUAAAGAUCACAAACACCAUCACGUCCAUCAUUACGAACACGAUACCAGUAACAACAUACCGAGCACGCGAGCGCCUGUAACCGGACCUCCCUUACCGCCGCAUCCCUACCUCACCGGAGGACAGAUCAAUACACAAGUGAAGAUCAAUCCGGGGGCGCCGAUCCAGAUCGUGCAAAACGGCCUGACCAUUCGUCAUCCGGCAUUACCGCCGGUCCCGGAGUCGCCCCCGCAGCCGCUCCCGCCCUUGAAUCUCGACAUCUUCACGACGCCCUUCCCCGCGCUAUCGGCGCAAUUCGGAAGUCCGACGCGGCAACGGUUGCCGCCCGCGUCCGGCCCGUCGUCGAUCUUCGUGGACGGGCCGUAUCACAAUCUCUUCAAGAGAGAAAAGAACGAGUCGAGGAAGCGGGACAUCAAGGACGAGACAGCGAUAUCGAGUCUGACCGAGCCCAAGAAAUCGAUCGCGAAGAGGGACACCGAGAAAACUUCGGAGAAAGCCGGUGAUGCCGACGAUAAGGUAUCUUUCGUGCCAAGAACGGAGGACGCGAACGAUAAGAAGUUGGAAAAACGCGAGGCCGAGAAGAAGAAGAAGAGAGGACUGCUGCAAUUGGGCGACGGAUCGAUUCUCGAUGACGGAUAUUCCAUUCCUCAAGGCCUGGACAACGACUAUUUCACGGGAUUGACGGGUUUCGGGCUCCAGAAGGGAAGGGACGAGGAGGAGGAGGAGGAGGACGUGCGGGAGCCCGCCGAGGCGGAGGUCAGGCAGGUGAUGGACCUCUGCGACGGAUGCGCCGAGGAGCCGUUCGGCAAGGCGCUGAUCAUAGGCUGGAGGGACGUGCCCAAAAAACUCUAUUCCGGCGCGUUGUACAUGCCGGCUAUUCCGGCGUGUAAAGCGUUCUAACCGAUCGACGCGACGUGACGACGCGGCGAAUCGCGCGCGAGGAUGACAUUCCAGAGACGUCGCGUGAAUUUUCGCAGAAUUUAUUCCAGAGCGUCCGCGCGCGAAAGAAUCCGAAUCGCUCCGAAUAAGACUAAUAUUUUAUUUGUCGUACGACAAAUUUUUCAAGUGCACUGGUUGGCUGUAAGGUAGAGAAUUUUCGAGAAAUUUUCGUCGGGGACUUCUCUAGUCUGUAGUCAACGCACAUGGUCAUACAAAUGAUAAAUGAAAUAUUAGCCUGACCUUCGACAUUAACGGUCGACGAAAGAUCGACGAUCUCUCGAGAACGAAACGUUCCCAGGUACCCCACGCCAUGUUAUAGAUCGCUGAGUAUCUUUAGUUGUUACGGGCGAAGAUGUUUGUCGCGCGACCUUACGAUUUCUUUUCUCGCCGUUGUCCAUUGAUUCUUCUUCUCGUGCUCCGAUGAUACUUUUUCGUUUGUUCUGUCUUCGUAAAUCGUACAAACAUUCGGAGAUGCGAACGAUAUUGCCAUGAGAAAACUUGCGCCUGACAAAACAUCUUGCCGAUCGUAUUUAUUUGCAAUCUCUGUCCGAUUAACUGUGUGACAAUUAAGUCUGAAGCUUCCGGGACAGUACUGUGUCCAAAAUCGAGACAUAAGAAAUUUUUUUUAGACAUCAUAUUAUAAAACAUCUGUAAGACAUUUUCAAGACGUUUUAUAUCUCGAUUUUGAAUAUACGUACUGUCUCGGUUCCAAGAGUACAGGGGCGAGUACGAGGUGAAUUGUGACAAGAAGCAAUCGUAAUUAUCGUCGAAAUAUAAAUAAUUUAUAAAAAUCUUGUAAAACUUGUUUCAAGAUAUUACAAUCCUAAUAGAUUUAUUUGUACAGAACGACUGAAACCUUUGUCGAUACUGUCACAAGUGUUCGAAAGUUUCCCUAAUAAAAAUAUACGAUAAACGUCGCGAUAAUCCGAGGGAUUAGAAUUUAAUUAGGAAAAAACGAAGUGAAAAACAUCGAUGUAAUAUGACAAGAGAGCAAUAUUAUGUUGUAAGUUCGAGAAACUGAUUACGAAUAACGAUGGUCACUUUUAACAGAAUACUCAUCGCGGUCUUAAGGUGCAUGCUAAUCGAUUCACCUCCGGCGAGACGAAGGGUAACUUAAUUGCGCGACGGAAACCGCCUUGAUCGAUAAGCAACGUACCGCCUCGGUCGCUUAAGCUCAAGACUUAGCUUUAAUGGUGUAUGUAUUUUGUGUACAUGUGACGUAUACCGAAUAAACUUUUAUAAUAUA